AUGAUGAUGGACGACGAUGAGCCUACCGCAAUUGUGAUGGACAACGGAUCCGGCAUGUGCAAAGCCGGUUUCGCCGGUGACGAUGCUCCACGAGCCGUGUUCCCUUCUCUCGUCGGUCGCCCUCGGCAUCAGGGAGUCAUGGUCGGUCUGGGCCAAAAGGACACGUACGUCGGAGACGAGGCGCAAUCCAAGCGAGGUAUUCUCACCCUCCGGUACCCGAUCGAGCACGGAAUCGUCACCAACUGGGACGACAUGGAGAAGAUCUGGCACCACACCUUCUACAACGAGCUACGAGUCGCGCCAGAGGAACACCCUUCUCUUUUGACCGAAGCGCCGCUCAAUCCAAAGGCAAAUCGAGAAAAGAUGACUCAAAUCAUGUUCGAGACUUUCAACGUCCCAGCCAUGUACGUCGCAAUUCAGGCUGUUCUCUCUCUCUACGCUUCUGGUCGAACAACUGGCAUCGUCAUGGAUUCCGGCGAUGGAGUCAGCCACACUGUCCCGAUCUACGAAGGAUACGCUCUUCCCCACGCCAUUCUUCGUCUCGAUCUCGCUGGUCGAGAUUUGACCGACUACUUGAUGAAGAUUUUGACCGAGCGAGGAUACUCCUUCACGACCACUGCUGAGCGCGAAAUCGUCCGAGACAUCAAAGAGAAUCUCUGCUAUGUCGCCUUGGAUUUCGAUCAAGAAAUGGCAACUGCUAAAUCUUCCUCUGCUCUCGAAAAGUCAUACGAGCUUCCUGAUGGUCAGAUGAUCACAAUCGGCAACGAGCGAUUCCGAUGCCCCGAGGCGAUGUUCCAGCCAUCUCAUAUCGGCAUGGAAUCAGCUGGUAUCCACGAAACCACUUACAACUCCAUCAUGAAGUGCGACGUCGACAUCCGAAAAGAUCUCUACGCCAACACCGUCCUCUCCGGCGGCAGCACGAUGUACGACGGAAUCGCCGAUCGAAUGAAUAAGGAAAUCACCACCCUUGCGCCCUCUUCGAUGAAAAUUAAAAUCAUCGCCCCUCCUGAGCGAAAAUACUCUGUCUGGAUCGGUGGCUCGAUUCUCGCCUCCCUCUCGACUUUCCAGCAGAUGUGGAUCUCGAAGCAGGAGUAUGACGAGUCCGGACCAAGCAUCGUCCACCGAAAAUGCUUCUAA